UGAAUCAUGUGUGAGUUGGUCUGCAAUAGCCUAUAUUGUUCAUAUAGUGUUCCUAGCUUGCCUAUAAUCACUUAUGUUGUAGGAAAGUCAACCGUUACCUCUGACAUUCUAAAGAAGCAGUUGGAGAGUUGGUGCACUUGUGCUUCUGCAGGAUGUGCGCGCACAGCUGCGUCCCACGCUGAUAAAACAUGACGAGAUGCAAAUCACUUCCUAUGAUAGCCUGUCAGCUCAAACUCCAUCUCCUGUAAUGAUCCGUGCAAACUCAACCACACAUGCACGCCAGCUGACACGAAUCAGAAGACCAGAAACUCACCAUCGGAAAGUAUUAAUUGAAAAACUGGAUGCAGUAACCAAAAUAUUGCAGAUGAGUUUCGGAUAUAUCUCAGCGUGCGUCAACAGGAAACGAGAGAAAAGAGCGCAGAACUGACACAACUGAAAGCUACAUCCAUGAAGCUUGUUCCCUGGCUGUCUGAACUGAGGCGAUGGAGAGCCCAUCGUCCACAGUGAGGCGGCGAGCCUGGAUCAACAGCAGCCGACAGUGGCCCACUCUGGAGGAGCUGGAUCCUGAGGGGCCACUGGGCAACCUCCCCUCUGCCUCUAUAGUAGACGACGAUGUCUUUUCUGACGAUGCACUGGACUAUUUUACCGCUGCCGUACCGAUCAUAGGCACAUCAAAGAAGGACGAGCAUCUGCAUGUCCUUUUAAUCAAUCUUGAUGACGCUGACAAUACUGAGCAUUUUGAGCUCUGGUUUGGGCUCAAAAGAAGACCUCAAGUAUGUGAAACAAGAGGACAUUGCAGACUUACUACUUGUUAUUCAACAGCGAAAACUUAUAGAUGCAUUCAAAAUAGGUAUGUUUGCUUACUGUCACAACAUCACUAUUUCAUUAUACGUUAUAAUAUUGUAUUGCUUUUUUUUAAAGCUGUAUGUCCUAUGUCAUAUUUGUUUUCAUAUUUUAGAGACGGAGAUAAUCACCUUGGACCUCCAAGUCCUGCCGUCCCCUAUCACUGCCACUCUACACCAUUUUCCAGUCCAUCAGGCACAUCUUUGCUCUCCUGCUCGGAAUCUAGUGUUACUGAAGAGAGCCAGCCCUCCUCCCAGAUCAAAUCAUGGUCAGAAUCGUUUGAGGUACCAUGGAACGCCAUGCCUGUGGACCUUCGUUCAGACAUCUCAGAUGGUAGGAGGCCUUCACCUACCUCACGACGGCAGAUGUACCCAAACAGUUUCGCCGAUCAACUUCACAAUGGUCAAGUUCUGGGAAAUGGAUAUGCAUCACUCCUAAUCCAAGUAAAAAAUCGUAUCGAAACCUGAACCGCACCAGCGGCUUUCGACAGCACCGUUCAGCCAGCCAUGGAGAAAAGAGAGGACCUACUGACAUAUAUGGCUGUGCCAUAUUCUAGCCCAGCCUCCCACCAGACGAGAAUGAAAACACAGUAGAGACCAAACGUCAAAAACUAGAAGGGAUCUACAUUCGGGAUGGUAUAAAUGGGGCUGAGAGAGCAGAGGUAAAGCAGCUAAUGGAAACAACUCCUUAUGUUUUUAUUUAUGUAUAUAUAUAUAUAUAUAUAUAUAUACUGUAUAUAUAAUGACUCAUCUUACCAAGAGUACACUUUGUAUUUCACUUUCUUUGUCCCAGGAAUGUGCCACAGCAGCUGACAUUGAGAGGACAAUCUCCAUACCUGAAACUCCUCGUCAGAUACUGCUUGGUAUGUUUACAUCAUUGGACAGGGAAGAAAUACAAUUUUCUAUUAAAGGUCCCAUAUCGUGCUAAUUUUCAGGUUCAUACUUGUAUUAUGUGUUUCUACUUGAACAUGUUUAGAUGCUGUAAUGCAAAAAAAACACAUUUUCCUCAUACUUUCUGCCUGAAUA